AGCAACUUUGUGCUGUAGAAGAAGAAGAAGUUCACCUCGCUGGUUCGGGGCAGCGGACGGACCCGAGCUGGAACCGGCGGCUGGUGAUCGUGUGACUGGCCAUCUUCAAACCCAGCAGGCGGAGUGAUCCGAGUAAACACACACUCUGUCUGUGGUCUCCGGACUUUUACAGGCAGAUCGUAUCGUAACCGAGAUAUAAAGUGUUUUGAGGAGGGCUGCCAGGCCUCGCAGGUUAAUCACCAUGAGUUACGGUAGGCCACCGCCGGACGUCGACGGCAUGACUUCCCUCAAAGUGGACAACCUCACCUACCGCACAUCGCCCGAAACCCUCCGGCGUGUGUUCGAGAAGUAUGGCCGGGUAGGGGACGUCUACAUUCCCCGAGACCGCUACACUAAAGAAAGCCGGGGUUUCGCUUUUGUGCGGUUCCACGACAAACGGGACGCAGAAGAUGCGAUGGACGCCAUGGACGGUGCGCUCCUGGAUGGACGGGAGCUGCGGGUUCAGAUGGCCCGGUACGGCAGACCUCCUGACUCCCACUACGGUGGAGGGAGGCGAGGAGGACCGACGCGGAGAUACGGGGGACGCCGAAGCAGAAGCUGUUCCCCCAGCCCCAGACGCAGGAGACGCAGCAGAUCCCGAAGCAGGAGCCGCUCUCGUUCCCGGAGCCGAUCCCGCUCCAGCAGGUCCAGGUCCCGGUCCUACUCCAGAUCCAAGUCCCACUCUCCCAGGAGCAAGAAGACCAAGGCCAAGUCCCAUUCACAUUCCAGAUCAAGAUCCAGGUCCCGGUCAAAGUCUAGGUCGAGAAGCCGUACCCCUUCCUCCAAAAGAGGGUCUAGAUCUAGGUCUAAAAGCCUGCCCAAGUCAGCAGCAGAAAAUGGAGGCCAAACCCCGUAGAGCUCAGGACAACAGCAGCAGUUUCAGGUGACGACUUCAGACCUUCUCAGACAGAAUCCCACACAAGCAACAGUGCCCAGCUGUGAAAGGUUAUUACUGUCUUUCAUGCUUUGGUCUGUUUUAUUUGUUUGGCCUCAGAAAAGCUUUUUGAUUUUAUUUUCCUUUUAACAACAUGUUUCUGAUUUUUAAGUUGUGAUUUGAUGUGGAGAAGAUUUUUUGCUCAGACUUGGCUUUCAAACAGGUUCACAUGAUAAUAUAAGUGUUCUGCAGCAUCUAUGUUGGCCCUGUGCUUUCAGUUCCUCUCUCUGCAGCCUGUAUCAUGAAGCCAGUUCACCUUAGUCUGGCUUUCUUUGGGUGUCCUGGCCUUUCUUAGCCUAACAUUUCUGAUCCUGGAUGCCUUUUAUCUUUGACACAUGUAAUUAUCUUAGUGCAUUGUCUCAACCUAGUACAAUGUAAAAGUGCCCAGUGCAAUUCCUAAAGGUCAAAGUUAGCCCAAAGUUAACUGGCUAGCACAUUAAUGUGGCAUCAACAUAUCAGGACCUAAUUGUCAGGGCUUCUUUUUAAACCAUCACAAAAAGCCAUUUUCUAUCUUUCAUAACCUGCAUGAAGAAAUUUUGCUCUUAUUGCAUUUUUCUAAUUGUUUAUUAAACUGAAAUAAUCUCUCAAAAACUUUAAAUUAAAUUCUCUUUAAUUGGAAAAGCAGUGCAUUCUAGCCCCUGGGUUAAAUAUAAUCCCAGUAAAAUGAGUGGGGAUGUACAGUGUGUCUGAACCUCAUCAGUCUGAAGGUGUCAGGUCAGAUGAGCAGAACUCGUCUCCCUCAGUCAUUAGUUUCAUUUUACAGGACGUCCUUCACUGGACUCAGACGCAGCGUUGUGUUCUCUUUCGUUUUUGAUCCUAAUCCUGCUCGUAUGUUUUUUUUUGUGCACUAGGCGCAGUUGUGUAGCAGUUGAGUAUUGCUGGUUAGCUGUUAAGGUGACGUGUUGCUCUGCUGAGUGCUUGGAUGUAUCCAGUAUUCUCCAGAAAGCCCCUGUGACUGCCAGUGGUACGGUCGCUACAGUCUCACCCUUUGUACAAUGAAAUGUUUUUCCCAUGUGGUUUCAUUAAAGAUUUGGUGUUUUCAC